CCCUAGCUAGGCAACUUUUCGACGACUUUGACAUCCAUGUCAACUACUGUUGCAGACGAAACACCCACCAAGACAGCGGCAGCUCAGCCUGCUGUACCUGGCGCCAGUCCAACAAUUCCUGAAGAUACCCUCGACAGAUCUGCCUCGGAUGUUUCUCCUCCACUUCCACAGGCGGCCGCAGCCCCUGAACCAUCUCCGGCGCCAGCCCAAGAAACAGCAAAGCCCGAGCCUAUUGCCACAAGUGAAGAGGAACCACAGAAUCCGCUGACAAAAAAGUUUACGGAAGCUGAGUGGAAGGCACUCAAAGAGUUCAGGACACAACUGCCCAAGAUAUUCUCUGACGCGUUUCCCGACGAUCCCGAUGCCGGAAACAAACCCUAUACCAUGUGGGGCGUCACCAUCGAUCCUCAGAACCCUCAGAAUGCAAAGGUCAGCGUGGUGCUUAUGAAGUUCUUGCGUGCGAGGAACCUCAGUCCAUCUGAGGCCGCCGAAAUGUUGCAAUCCACGUUGCGGUGGCGACAGUCCUUCAAUGUCGAAGCUGCCAUGAAGGAAGAAUACCCCAGCGGCGUUUUUGAUCGUCUUGGUGCAAACUUUGGCAGGGAUAAGGAGGGACGGCCUGUCUCAUACAACCUCUACGGUAACGCGGGCGCUGCAUUCGAUGACGUGCAACGUUUCCUUAGAUGGCGCGUCGCGUUCAUGGAGCGCGACAUCCAGUUCCUCGACUUUGAAACUGUAGAUCAAAUCCUACAAGUACACGACUACGAAGGCGUGUCGAUGUCCAGCCGGACGACAAACUCGAAGAACGCUGCCAGCGAGGCGACGAGCAUUUUCCAAGGGCACUACCCCGAGCUCCUUUAUCGCAAGUUCUUCGUCAAUGUCCCAACUUUCUUGACCUGGAUAUUCUGGAUCUUCAAGCCGCUCCUGUCUGCUGCCACUCUCGCCAAGAUGUCCGUCGUCGGUAGUGGCCCCCGUGCCAUCGGCCCAGUUCUCCUUCCGCUCAUCGACGCGUCAGAGUUGCCGACACGCUAUGGUGGCAAUGCCCACCUGCAAAUCGGAGAAGAGAAGGCGAAACACUGACCUCGCGAUCGUAACGACUUGUUGAAAUGAAUGCGCACGACUUAGGAUGACUCACUAUCUCGGAAUUGGCCAACGACGCUCGAUGUGUUCGCUAACAUGUACCAGUAUUACACCCAUUACACCCAAUGAAUUCGUUUAUGACAUAUUUUGUAUAUUCCAUGACUUCUUUAUCCCAUACAAAGCUCCGUACAAUCCAAAAACGGGAGAUUUCUACAUAAUACAAGAAGAGAACACAAAGUCCCAAUUUUCACCGCCGAACACGACAGUGGAUAUUGACGAUUCCUAACUCUGGACAAGUUACGUGUUUGAUAAAGGAAGCUCGUUCAAGUGGUUUACUCCCCGGCAACACUGCUACCACUCGCAACAGUAAUUGCAUACUCCUGCUUAGAUAAGUCGUAGUCACCAAGCCAGCUAGAGGGACGGGUGUUGCGCGCCCAACGAGCAAUGUGAGGGGGGUACGCCGUCGCUGGAGCACGUGGAAUCCGUAAUUUCGGAUUGUUGGCGCGCAGCGUCGGCCCGACAGCCAGUCUCGCAAAGUUGCUCGGGAAAAGUGGGUUCCCUGGAGUUCGUUCAUUGAGGGGGUCAUAACCGCGGUCGCUAUCCUCUCCAAAGUCGGAUGCCGCAUAGCUAUAUGUCGAAUGCGGACGCCCAGCGCUUCCGAGACUAGUUAAGCUUCCAUGGGAGCUAUUGCGCGAGAGGCCGCUUGACCGUAAGGCUGGAGGUGAAGCGCUGGGGCUGAACGUGUCCAUAGACCCACUAGGGCUUCCCGGGAAGUCCCAGCCCUUGAAAACGGAAGGACUACGAGGCGUCGGGCUAGUGCAGAUCCUGAUGCCGUGGACCUGUAAAGGCUCCUCUGGUACAUCCUCCUUCUCCUGACUCUCAGCGCUGUCUUCAUUUUCCUCCUCUUCACCGAUAUCCUCCAAGCCAUCGCCGCCACCAGAAGAAAGAAUGGAUGGCAACGACAGCGGAGGCGGGUUGAGCGCGCCGGGUGUGACAGGCUGACCAGAUGCAGGGGUGGCCACGAUUGGCUCAAUCGAAAGAUAAUCCUCGGGCUCAGUCUCGGGAAGGUUGACUGGAGUGGAAGGAGAGAGCGCCAUCGGGGUGUCAGCAUUAUCGGUAGAUCCCUGUGAGUCGAGUCGCUUCAGCGCCCCCGCCGAAAGCCUGGCAGGGUUGGUUGGCUCUGAUGCCUCAGCUGGCGACUCUGAUUGUUUAGGGGCAUCUUCCUCAUCCUCUGAGUCUUCUUCAUCGCCAAAUUCGAGUUCGGGAGGAACUCCAAGCGCACCCUUGAGGCGCUCCCAAAUGAGUUCAGAAUGGCUGAGGACACACUUGCGCGCAUUCUUGACCCAAAGCCUGUCGUCUGCCAGAUCACGGUCGACGGUGGUGAGCCAGAGGCGGAGAGUUUGGAAUGUCCAUUUUGUUGGGUUCUCGGAGAACGAGUCCAUGGUUGGUGAGGAUGAAGUGUCAUUCUUCGGGAAGGUCUGGGCCAGCAGAUUUAUUAGCUUGGUGGUCGGUGGAGUGGCGAGAAGCUGGGAGACUUCUGCAGGACGAUCGAUGAAGGGGACAUAGAUAUCGUCGGGGAGGGGAGUGAAAGAGGCAGAGACUACUGAUGCCGAGCCAUGUGAGCAAGGAGAGCCAGGACUCGGCUGAGGGCUGGUAGGAGUAAAGUUGGCGCUGGUGGGACAAGGAGUGACGUAACGGGGGCUGGAAGAUUGACGCGCGAGUUCAUAAAGUUGGUCAGGGGUAAGCGCUGGCUUUGCAAAGGGCGACACGCCUCCGACAGAUUGCCGACGAUGGUGAAUAGCUAUAGGAGAUGUCGGACGGAGAUGAGGUGAUGUUGUGGGGCUCUGGCGUGGAGAGGGGGGAAGGUUGCUGGUCGGAUUCGUUGGGGAAAAGGAGGGGAAUGCGAAGCUGAGGCGGGCAUUGUCGCGAUCGCCGCCAUUGGAAGACGCGCCGCUUGCCUGGCUCUGGCGCCUGAGGGAGCGACGCUGAUGUAAGACGGGAGAAGAGGGAGGCUCCGAGAGGUUGAUGGGGGUGGAGGGUGGAGUGGGGUCUAAGACGCGUACGAUGGUGAGACGGGACGAUGAGGUGCGGGCGGGGUCGUCGUUGAAGGAGGCAUGGCGACCGUGCGGAUCGCUGGCACUGGCGGACCCCCGUCUUGCUGACAACUUUCUGUGCGGGG